AUUACUGACAUAGCUAAAGAAGACGAUUUAGUCUUCCUUUCUUCUACCCUGACUCCUGAUACAUGUUAUCGAGAAGAUUCGCCAUACUCACAAAGCUCACAAAGCUCAAGCUCAAGCUCAAGCUUAUUAUCUCAAGAUUGGGAGACCGGGGAGAGGAAAAUCCGAAUAAUGCAAAAAAUUGAUGCUGCCAUUACUGAUUUUAAUGAAAACAAUGAAUAUUUGACUUAUUCCUGGGAAGAUAUUGUCUAUCUUCAGGAUAAUAAUACUUCUGUAUAA